GACACAACUACUACUACUACUACUUCUAUUCAUAUUCUCUUUACUUUUGCUUUGAUUUGAUUUGAUUUUCAUUUCAAAACAAUGGCUAUACGUUGCAAUAGCUCCUCCAUCUUGGUGGUUAUCUCUUUGCUUCUUUUGGUUACAUUCUCAAAUGUAGCUGAGGCUUAUGGACGUGCAAAACUUCGUCCUUCAGAUUGCAAACCAAGGUGUACUUAUCGUUGCUCAGCAACAUCACACAAGAAGCCAUGCAUGUUUUUCUGCCAAAAAUGUUGUGCUACAUGCCUAUGUGUUCCACCAGGUGUAUAUGGAAACAAGCAAGUUUGUCCUUGCUACAACAGCUGGAAGACUAAGGAAGGAAGACCAAAAUGCCCUUAAAACCCUUAUUUCCUUAUAUAAUCUAUAAUUAAGCAAUGUAAUCUUUAUUAUUAUUUUUAAUUUUCAAUAUUCAUAUAUACUGGUGAGUGAUUUUAAUUUUGAAUGACACUCACCAUGUAUGAUCUAGUUCUUUCAACCAUAAUAUGAAAGGUUGGAACUUGGAAGGCAUAUUCUUAAAUUUUGGUAUCAAAUAUUUUGUACUUUGGUUCUGUUUUUUCAAUGUUGUCUCUUAUAAUGACACAAUAAAGGUAAAUAGGCAAUGUUUUGUUGCCCCUUUGUAGUACUA